ACUACAUCAUGUUUUUUUUUUGUUUCGCGGGUCGAUAGAUUUCUAAUUAGUUUGUGAUUAUCAAUAAUAUCAAUAAUGUACGCACGGGGUGAAAUGCUGUGGUGUUUUUUAAUAAUAUCAUUUUAGGUGUAUGAUUUAUGUUAAAAAAAAGCACCAUGUAUGAACAAAAUGCCAACAAUUUUUAAGUACUUCAUGGCCAUUUGUUCGUGUCUUGCGUAAACAAUUUCACCGAAAAGGAUUCUUGAAAUUCGAAAGCGUUUCAGUAAAACCCUGGCAGCUGUAGGGGCUGGCCCGUCCGGGUCUGUUGGGAACUCUGCGAUUUUUAGUAGAAUGGGAGCUUAUGAUGACAGUUUGCAAGUAGCCCCUGCUGCACCCAGCCAAACCACCCGCGGAGGUUUGAGAGUGUACAAGAUCGUAGUGCUUGGAGACGGGGGUGUGGGAAAAUCAGCGUUAACGUUACAGUUUGUGAAGCAUAGGUUUUUGGAUUAUCAUGACCCAACUAUAGAGGAUGCGUACCAGCAACAGGCAGUCAUCGACGGCGAAGCUUCGCAGCUGGACAUUCUGGACACCGCCGGCCAGGUGGAGUUCACGGCCAUGAGGGACCAGUACAUGCGGUGUGGAGAGGGCUUCAUGGUCUGCUACUCGGUCACCGACAGGCACAGCUUCCAGGAGGCGGUGGAGUACCGCAAGCUGAUAAACAGAGUGCGGGCGACGGAAGACAUCCCUCUGGUCCUCGUCGGGAACAAGUUUGAUCUGCAGCACCAGAGGAAGGUGUCGGUGGAAGAAGGCCGUGCCUUGGCGUCCCAGUUCGGAUGCCCCUUCUACGAGACGUCGGCUGCGCUGCGCCACUUUGUGGACGACGCGUUCCACACCCUGGUGCGCGAGAUCCGCAAGAAGGAGCGCUCGCGCGGGCAGGCGUCGCGCAAGCCGCACAAGCACAGCCGGUGGCGCAGGCUGCGGUCCAUCUUCGCGGUGGUCUUCAAGCGCCGGCGCCACCACUCGCAGUAGGGCGAGCGCGAGCGGGGGCGGGAGGCAGGUCUCUACGGCACCGCGAAUCCAGCGUCGCUGCCGGGAGUCCCGAGCGCGAGAUGUACUUCGCAACCACUUGUCGUUUGUCCACGGAUGCCCUAACCCACUUCUUUUUUUAAAAAUUCAAACUAGUUUAAACUCGCACAAAUUAUGGUCAGUUGGUCAGGCGGCGUGCAUGUUUCUCCGUGUUGCAUGGUACUGCUGUAAACUCACAGCGUUGCCAAUUUUUGUAAGGGGACGAAGGCUGUUGGAAUGUCAUUCGCACGUACAAAUUGAUUCUGUGCUGAACUGUUGUGGCUGCUGAGUGCGUACUCAACAUCAUUCGUAAGCUCGGCCACUAACGCUGUCUCCGGCGUGACGGACGUGGAAAUGAAUAAUAAUUCGGAUGGAAGGUAUCGGCGAGGCGUCUGUUUAGCAGGAUAAUCCCACAACCAAAGAUAGUUAGGGUCUGAAUACGACCGUGAGCUUGAUAGUAUGAUUAGUUGGGUCUGGGUACAAAUCGCACCUUGAAACAAACUCUGUUGUUUAUGAUCUCGGAGUCACCUUGGUGUGGAUUACGGACUUUGAAUAAGGUGCUAGUUUAUGUGAGACAUCCGUUAGAUGUGGAAUGUUUUGAAUUCUUGUUUUGAAACUUAGUUGAAUAAUGAUUAAAGCAUGUGAAAUUACUUAAUAAUAUGUUGUAGUUAAUGAAUUCCUCAUUUGAGUACUAACUUUGCAUGCCCGGGGAAAAAUUAAACCUUACACAGAAAAGCGAGGUGGGAAGCAAGUGUGUAUGGCCAGCAGUGUUUUAGCUUAAUUAACAGCCCGAAUUGCUCUGAUUAUUAAGGUGCCACAGAUGGAAUCCCUCCAACCCUUAAAGUCAACAGUAUCAAUGUUUGCAGGCAUGCAGUGGUACGAACUAGCUGUAUUCAAAGGCUCUACUCUUUAGAAUAAUAAAUCACUGUACAUUUGAGGGUAAUAGCUAUUUAAUGUUAACAAAUUCAUGUGUUUCUUCCUUGCCUUUGGAUAUUCUACUUAAAAAAAAAAAACUACCCCUUACUUGCACUGCUAAGUGAUGAAUUUUAACAUCAACUACCUACUCAAAGUGCUUUCCUGUGGAUAUUUGUCAAGUGAAUCUUCUAUUUAUCUCGUAAGACUAGGGAGAGCAUAGUCAAUCCUGAAUUUCGCGAAGGGAAUUAAUUGUAUUUAAUGGUAUUUCAAACCAAUUUCUCUGUGAAAAACCAGUAGUACAAAUAGAUCCCUUAUCAUAUCUAAGGAACUGUAAACUGUAGUGUGUAUAUUAUUUAGUACAAUAAUAGAGAGCUAAAAAAAAGGAGUAUCUGUGACCACAGUUUCACAGUUUUUGUUUACAACUGCCUAUUAUCCUUUUUAAAUACAAUUACUUUUUCCUAGAGUGGAUUUUUACCUAGUACUUUAAAUAUUCAUGGUUGUUGAGUUAAUUGAUAUGCAGAUAGCCAGGUUUGGUCCCAAAUUAAUGGACAGUGGAAGUCCAUUGUAAUGAUGGUUGAUAACAGAGACAAAUAUUAUCAUUAUAACAAACUAUCAUUGUUUUAUUACAUAAAAAUCAUGAGAGAAAAAAAUACCUCCUACUUGUUUUAAUUUUUUUUUAAGUUGUAAAUCAGUAGAAAUAUUGAAACUUAGGCCUCCAUAAGUUUCUUAAGAAUCAUCCUCUGUUAUGGGAGAAAUUGAUCCCAAAAUAAUGACGUACUCUACUCAUUGAGAUAAAGGAAAUGGUCUAUAAGCCGGAUGGCUGUUCAACAGACCACUCACAUGCAGUUGUUUGCAAGGUCAACUACAGCGUAAUGUUGUGGACCAUUGCAACUUUUGAAUUUCUAUACUUUUUUAAUCAUACGCUGACUUUUAAUACUUCAAAAUUGUUCUGAUUGCGUAAGUAGUAAAACCGUUACUCCAUGCAGAAUUUACGAGCAUUUAAAGUUGCCGUACAUAUGAAUAAAAUAUCAAACAGAACUGGGUUCUUGAACAAAUCUCGUCUGGCGUACCCAACUCUCGGUAGUUGUUUUGCAUUUGUGCUUUUGUGCUUGUUCUGGGGCCUGUAGCUGCUCAUCAACAAUGCCUCAAAGCAAUCCUCGUCGAUAAUACAAAUUGUUAGUCACAUUUAGGUUUAUUUGAUGAAAUAACAUAAAUAAAUAGAAAAAGUCUCUUUGGGAAAAUUAUCUUUUCAUUGUGAGGGCUCAUAAAGCUAUUUCUAUAGUGAAUUUUUGGCCAAAAUACAUUUGUUAAAGGCUCUGCCUUGCAUGCCAUUUUGGUUGUUUCGCUCAUAAUUAUAUCUUUUGCGGCAGUUUACAUCUCGCAAAUAACUUUCGGCGAAUAUCUGCGACAAAGCUUGGACCAAACAUGAAAUGCAAAAAAAGUUAUAGCCUGUAGAGAUUAAAACUUCAGGAAUAGGUAGCCCUUAAAUAGGAGUAAUGUCAUAAAAAUUAAUAACCAACACAGUGUAUGAAAAAGAAAGUCUUAAACAAACUAUUGUUCCCAUACAAAGCACAGUCAGAAUGAUGAUGCGGGAAAUAGUUAUCAUUACAAUGGAAUUAUUGUUAUAUUCCAUUCUUGAAAUAUUUGGCUUCCACUGUAUAUUGUUAUACUUAAUUUACUCCUUGUUUUUUCUUUCAUAUUCUAUUAAAAAAAUAUUAUUGAUUAUGUACAUGAUUUUUUUUAUUUCCAAAAAGUGUGUGUGUGUAAGAUUAUAAUAAAUUUCCUCCCGUGUUAUAACUGUGAAAAGACCCAUGCUAAUAUAGUGUACAAUAUUUUGUUCUCUGUUAUAAAUAAUUUUUUUUUUAUUAUUAUUUUACCUCAAGUAAGUAUUUUUUUAAAUUAUUUAACUGACCUUGCAAAACAGAGGGUUUCAUGUACAUCACUUUUAUUUGUUAGUUUUUCAAACUUCUGAACAUUAUUUGUUUUAGUUGCUAGUGUGUAAUGCUUAUCACUUCUGAGGGCUUUAGAAUAAGUUUGUAAGCGCGUGUGACAAAACGCAUGUGAAAUCUUCUAAUUGACAAGUGUUCUUAUUUUCAUUCUUUUUGAAAUCGCAUGUCUGUCCAUGCGGUUUUACACGAGGAGCCUAGUUCAUAAUGAAGUACGUACUUGUAGCUGCCGCAAAGAAGUACGUACAUUGUAUGUGAUCAAAUUACAGUAGUGCAGAGAAUUUUAAUUCAGUUCUUAGAAAUGUCUGCUUUUUUUUUUUUGCAAGUUCAUGCACCAAGUUUGUAUUUGUGCUCAGUAACAAAGUGGGUCCAAAAAUUAUUGUUGUGUGCGUGUGUGCGUAUGUGUGUGUACUGCCUGUUGCGAGGGGAGCAUUUGGCUGUAGAAUUGCUCGGUUGAGACCGCAUGAAAAAGUAAUAAAUUCUACACGUCCACAGGUUAAAAACGUUGUGGUAGAUAAUUAUUUUUUUGAAGUGCCAAGCAAUAGUACUUUGUUUUUGCUUGUAACGUUUAGGGGCAAGAUUUUAUGGUAAAUGGCGAUAAAACUGAAAUAACUGUGAAAAUCAUGUCAAUCAAUCCACCAUGUAUCACCGAAAUGUAACUUAAUACACCAGAAAUCUCCAAAAUGCAACCAAAAACAUUUUUUUAAAUAAAAAAAAACAAUAAUUCAAAAUACAGUAACAAAUCUUUUAAUGAAUUAAAGUCAAUGAAUUUAAUUGAUGUAGUAUGAAAUUCGUAGCAAAGUAAUGUAUACCUAUAUUAAAUUUAUUGUAAAAUUUUAUAUUUUAUUUGCAGCUGUAUAACUCAUUUUAACAUUGAACGUUGGUACAUUUUUCGAAGAGACUAAUAUUUUCCAUUUUUUUUUAUUGUUACAAUUAGAUAUGCUUAUUACAAAUUAUUAUAUGGUAACUAACGUAAAAGUGUAUCAUGCAUCAGUCACUGUUUAGCGAAAUAAGUAUCAAGAAUCAUUUAAGUAUCCUAUUUGUGGAAUAGUAUGCAGUUUUUUUAAUAAUCAGGAUUAGUAAAAAAAAUAUAUAUAUCUCCUGUCUUGAAACAAAAUAGGCCUAAAAAUAAAACCAUAAAAACUUGUCUCUAAUAACGUUACUUCAAUUUAUUCCUAUUUCAAUUUGAUUAAUCAUAUGAAUUUGUUAAAUAAUUUAUGGAUGUUUAUGAAUAUGUAUAUAUUCAGGUAUAAAUUAAUUUGCAUUAUCUUAUUAAUGAAGCCUGUAACUAAGUACAAUAAAGAUUGUGGAAAAUUAUCACAUCUAGGCUACUUGCUAUUGCCAUAAAAAUACGUAGGUUGAAGAAUGAAUUUGUAUUUACAAAGUUUCAUUUUUUGCAUUUAUUUCUGGCCAAGAUCUUCACUCGCAACUUAUUAAUUAUGUUCAUGGAGACACAAUAUUUUACCAAAGUAGUGAUGUUUUGUGUAAAUAGUUGUUGAACCUAUUUCUUUUUAAUUAUGUGUACAUAGUAUUUAAAUUAUAUUUUUUUUGCUGUUUCUUGAGAUUUAUAUUUUUUCUGUAUCUUUUCAAGCAUGGUUGUUGUGUUUGUUUAGUUGUGGCACCGAGUUUAUUUUUUCUUUUUUUUCAGCUGUGAGGUUUCGUGUUAGAUUUGUAUUUAACCAGAGUGUAAGUAUUUUGCAUUAUUGAAAAUGGCAUUUACUACUCUACGAUGUUCAUAUUAUAACACGGACCCCAUAUUACACCUUCCUAUACUGAGCCUUUCUUUUUUUUUAAUUAUGAAUUAUGAUGCUAGUCCAAUGUAAUAUUAUUCAGUCAGCUAUCUAAGAAACUACAAAUAAGUCUAGUCUGUUACCUUUCUUUUUACUUUUUUGUUGACAAAUUAAAGCUAUUUCAACUAAUGAUGAAAAAAGUUUUGGAUUGAUACCCAAAAUGUGCCAAUCCUGAUUACGUUCUUGGGUCUCAUUUUUUGGGUUUGGAUUCUGAUCGUAUCGAAUUACAUAUGCUGAAAAAAAAAAUGUAUCUUGCAUGUUUUUAUAAUACUGUUUUUGUACAAGCUCGGUGUCAUACUUAGAUGUUUCUUCUGCAUUUUAUAUACAUACAGUAAUUGUGGCACUUGUGUGCCAGUGUAUUGGAAUGUACAUUGGCUAUUAGCUGGCUAGGCGAAAUGCCAUACAUUGUGUUGUGUUAUGAAAAAUAAGUAUUAAUGAAAAAAGUUCAUAAUUCCCCCCCCCCCCCCCCCCCCUCCCUAUUUAUAUCCUUUAAAAACAAAAUUACAGUAAAAUAAUACAAAAUAAUUUGUACUUUUGGUACCUUUAAUGACGUGAAACAGAAUUCUUACCAUCACUUUUAGUAGCUGAAUUUCAGAUCUUUUAGUUGCUCAGGUUUAGAUAAUGUGAAUUUUUUUUUCCUGUCAACUUUGGUUUGCUAUAAACUAGAUGAUUGGUGGGUUUUUGGAACAAUUCUGGUUCACGUAUUUUGUAACUCUGAAUCAUUUAGUGACCAAGUCAAACAUCUGCUUUAAGAGUCCCAGAUUAAAUGAGUGCAGUUAUAUUACGUGUGCAUUCUUAAGAGACUAUUGAGCAGUCCAGAAAAUUUUAUGAAUAUACAGUAGACCUUCAGUAAUUCAGCACGUUCGGGACUUUGCAAAUGCUGGAUUAUCAGGUAGCUCUCCCACGAUUGCUAAACGCUACAUUGUAGAGAAAAUACAUUUGUAAAGCGGUGUUUGACAGUAAAUUUUGUUUAGCAGGAGCACUGCUGAACUAUGGAACACAUUAAAAAAUGUUUGCUGUCAAUGACUGCAUAGUUCUGCUGAAGAAACACUUAUUACGCCAAUCACUUCUGAGUAAUCUCUAACAGCGUCGAACGCUGCCAUUACAUGCUUGCUGUAAAAUCAUUUUCAACCUUUACUAAAAAUUAUUGGUUUUUAGUAUAAGUUUUCUUAGUUGACUUCAUUUUAAACACUUAUGUGUAAAUCCAAGGUUUUGUGGUUCUAUAUUUUAAAUAUUUUGACCAAUUUUGCAAAAAGAUAUUUUUAUAUUUAUAUUGUGCACAAACAUUCAAAAAUUUCUCGAACUGUGGCAUGUAUUUAUUACAUUUUAUAUAUCAAAACAGAAAGCCAUGUUAUUGAAACCUUUCGCCUUAUAUCUUUAUUAGCAUUAAAAAAACAAAAAAAAAAGUUGAUGUGUGGUUUCAGUAAAUUCAAAUGUAACUUCUUUUGCUGUCUUAUUCUUCAUAUUAAAAAAAAAACUUUUCAAAAUUAAUAUGCCAUGUUGAAUGUUCAAUUUCCUUAAACAUCUUGAGUUUUUUUUUUUUUUUGUUUGCCUUUAGCCACAUCUGUAUAACAUCAGAUAUUAACAGCUUUUCAGUGUUAUGUUGGCUUUAUGGUUAUUCAGUAUAUGCCAUGUAAUCUUGUAUACUAAUGUAAAGUGUCAUAAAAUCAUUUUUGUCGUGUCCUUCCCAAACCACACUGGACUACCAAAAAUUACCCAAAUCUUCGUAACAUCUGGAUAUAUAAAGCCAGCUGCAAGUGCCAUACUGAAACUUGAGACUGAUGGAAAAUAUGUUUUAAGCACAAGGUACGUUUUGUCAGUUCAAAAUGAAUCAUUUGUAAUAAUAUUGCUGAUUUGUAUGUGCAUGUGCGUGGUUGUUCACAUGUUAACAGUGAUUCUUUUAUGUUAGUUGGAUUAGUGAUAUUUUUCUAACAUUAUCAGAUUGUGUGCUCUUACUUUGUAUGUUAUCUUCUUUUGAAUAAAGAGUGUUUUAUGAUAAAAAGUUAAAAA